AUGGCUGGGCUGGCCAAGCUGUCUGUCAGGGCUGCAUGGGUGCUGGUGGUGGGCACCAGCGGCAUUGGCUAUGAGCUCAAGGACCUGGUGCUCACUGGCUUCACCCACAUUGACCUGGUGAAGCCUGGGAGGACAACUAUAUCCGUAUUGAAUGAAACAGUGGAACUGGAACAGAGCAUGGCAAAUACCUUUGUAACAGUAUCUGAUGGAUACUGCCUUAGUGAGCCAAUACAGUAUUAUGACAAUCCAGAUAUCUUACCAGAACAUAUCAGUUAUCCGGUGCAAGACCUUGACUUCCAAGCUGCUCCUUACUGCCAAUAUUCAACUGUUCAGUUCCCUCCAGUAUUACAGACACCAUCUCCACAGACUCAUUACAAUUCAUAUAGCUUGGACUCUCAGUUCAGCGAUGGUCAAUACAUCAUCAAUAAUUGUGAACUCAGUAAACCCACCUGCAUGGGUGCCCAUCAUGAUGGGGGAGGAUACCUUGGACAGAAACGACCCAGGCUUAAUCAUUCUGCCUUACGAAUAAAAGGGCAAGAAGAACUCUGCGUAGUCUGUGGAGACAAGGCUUCAGGAUAUCAUUACAAUGCACUCACCUGUGAAGGCUGUAAAGGAUUUUUUCGACGGAGCAUCACCAAAAAUGCAAUAUACAGAUGCAAGAAUGGAGGUCAUUGUGAAAUGGAUAUGUAUAUGAGGAGGAAGUGUCAGGAAUGCCGCCUAAAGAAAUGUAAAGCUGUGGGAAUGCUGGCAGAAUGUUUGCUAACUGAAGUCCAAUGUAAAUCAAAACGUCUUAGAAAAAAAAGUAGUUUCCUUUCCAACAUCAAAAUGGAAGAUGAGGGAAUGGACAGCAAGCAUGUAACUUCUACAACGAAACCUUUAAAAGUUCAGGAGAGAAUGGAAUUUACUCCUGCAGAACAUGAACUUAUUGAUCAUAUUUUGGCUGCUCACCAGAAAUGCACAAUUCCAAUGGAGGAAGCAAAAAAGUUUUUACAGGAAAAUGCUAAUCCUGAAGAGAAUUUUCUACGUCUUUCGGAAACAGCAAUGGUUCAUGUGCAGAUCCUAGUAGAUUUUACAAAAAGACUCCCAGGAUUUGAAAGCUUAGCCAAUGAUGAUCAGAUUGCACUAUUAAAAGGUUCUACAAUUGAAGCCAUGUUUUUACGCUCAGCACAAUUAUACAAUGAACAAGGAAUUGAAUAUCAGACACCAUUUCAUGAAAAUCAUAUAAAAUAUUCUGACCAUACUAUAUAUGGCCAAAAUAAAAGUUACCUCACAGAAAUAUCUCAUAGAGAAGAAAGUCCAACAUCUACUAGUACAACAGGUAUAACUGAGGAGUUUAUCACUGCAUUAUUUUAUUUCUACAGAAGCAUGGGAGAACUUAAUGUGACCGCAACAGAGUAUGCAUUACUUGUUGCAACUACUGUGUAUUUUUCAGAUCGGCCACUCCUAAAAAACAAGCAACAUGUAGAAAAACUCCAGGAACCUUUUUUAGGAAUUCUGUAUAAAUAUUCAAAAAUCUAUCACCCUGAAGAACCGCAACAUUUUGCCCGUCUCGUAGGGCGGCUCACUGAACUCAGAACACUUAAUCACAACCACUCAGAAGUACUAGUUACUUGGAGAACAAGGGAUCCUAAGUUGACUUCUUUACUUUGUGAAAUGUGGGACUUGCACUGAAAAAUUGCUACUUAUAUGAAUAGUUACAAAGGACUGUUCUCAAACAUGCUGU